AUGUUCGAAGUGGGCAGUUACCAUCCUGAAGGCGAUUCAUCCUUGUCUCUUAACCCACGCAUUCGGAGCCCAUCUCUCAUACAUUUCGCCGCAUGCGAUCCCAGCUUAAUACGUAGUCUGGAGUUACCAACACUGCAGAGCAUGCGUUUAAUACGCAGCGGAAUGGCUGAUGAAUUGGAAGUGUUGACUUCGCCGGACGCGCUCUCAGCUUUGCACGGUAUGCUCAGCCGUUCCCAGCGCUCCCUCACUCUCACCUGUCUCGUCAUCCACGAGGCAUACAUCGACAUGAACCUCAUCGGCAUAAUGGAAAUAUCCCCCCAAAUGACGUUCCUCUCUCUUCAUGUUUGCAACGGACGGUGGUCCCAAGCCUCAGAUGAAACGUACCGAAAACUACUUUCCCGCACGGCGGAAACUAUUGCGGACAACAGGCACAACAUUCUUCCGCACCUCCAAUUUUUUUAUAUGGACGUCACUAAUAAUCCGCACGAUGGGAAUAUCACUUUCGUCAAUCGUGGAUUCGUGGAGAUGGUUUCGUCACGGUGGUCAAAGUCACCUUUGAAGUCGGUUAUUACAAUUUUGAGUACUACACCCAGGAUACGGUUGAUCAGCCCGGGAAUGUUGUCGCGCGAGGAUGUACAGACUCUGAGGCAGUACCAAUCGGCAGGGUUAGAUAUCCAGGUCUGGGCUGAUGAUGAUGAUAGCAUGGAUCGGCGUCGUUAUGUGUGA